AUGGGUGAGGAUAGUCCCCUUAGCCCGGGCUCGCCGGCAGAGCAGGACGUGCAGCUCCUGAGCCCCUCCGCCGCCAACUACGUGAAGGUGAAGCUGGAGCGCCUCGGGGAGGUGGAGAGCUUCCGCGGUCUCAGCCUGGACCCUCCGCCGCCUGUGGACCUGCCGGCGCAACGCCUCGCGGAGGCGGCGCUGACGCGGCUGCUGGCCUAUGCGCGGGCACCAGGCGAGCUGGCCACCUUCUUGGCCACCGAGCUGCACGUGACCAAGCUCCGUGCCAAGAGCGCCUUGUGCGUCCUGGGCGAGCCGGCCGACUCCCUGUUCAUCCUAGUGGAUGGCUAUGCGCGCGUGUACUCCAAGGAGAUCGGCCCGGUGGGGGUGCUGGGCCCGGGCGCCAUGGUGGGCACCACGGCGCUGCUGGGGCUGCUGCACGUGCGCACCUGCACCGUGCUGGCGCUCCAGGAGUGCGCGGUCAUAGAGGUCCGACAGGACAUCCUCGAACGCACCAAGUUCCGGCGCAUCAAGGAGAGUCUUCUGCUGCUGGCCUACGAGCGGUGCCAGCAGAGCCAGCAGCUCAUGCCGAUGGCGGCCUUGCCCUUGGGCAUCCCGGCGGGCGACGCCUGCGGCGCACUCCUGGGCCUGCACGCGGAGCGGGUGGACCUGGCCCCAGGCGACGUGCUGUGGCCCUUCCCGGACAGCCACCCCUCGGGCCCCCACUUCAGCGUCUUGGUCUCCGGCACUGCGGACUUGGAGAUGGCCAGCGGCAAGCCCAUCACGCGGCUCAGGGCAGGUAGUUACAUCCCAGAAGGCCUUCUAGCAGAGAACGGGGCAUUAGUGCGGGCGAACUCCACCUGCUUGGCCUACCGGGUGCCGCAGUAUGACUUGCUGGUGACAGUGGGCUCCCAACCUGAGUGCCGAGAAUGGUAUGACCGGUGCAGGGGUCUGGAGCAGCAAGUGCGGCAGUCGCUGCUCCCGCGGCUGCGCAACGCGAAGAGCGACAGCCGGAGCGCGAGCCGCACGCUGUCCAGCCCCAGCCGGCGCCCGGCCAAGGCACCCGUGUGCGUGCUGAAGGCUCCCCCGGUCUUUCCCGUGGAGGCGAUCCGAAAGAGCCCCGCCAGAAGGAGGGACCCCCGCGAGAUGCGCCGGAGCGCUUCGAAACCCGAGGGCCGGCUCCGCACGCCCACGCCCGGCUCCGGAGCGCGGCUGCUCCGCGGGGUUUGGCAUGGGACCUGA